AGGCGUUAGGAAUUUUUAUUUUUAUUCGUACUUGCUUCACCAUGGCUUGCCGGAAAAUAAGUUUUAUACUUUUGUGCAGUCUUAGCAUUGUUUUAUGCAAUAACAAUGUAGAAGUUAGAAAUGAAGAAGAUUUAGGCGUUAAAUAUGCCAAUCGGUGUGAAGUGUGCAAAAUAUUAGCCACGGAAUUGCAAGGUAGACUCGAAGAAACUGGCAAAAUUCGUGACGUGAUUGAAAUAGGAUACUCUCUUGACGAUGUGCAACCUAAGAAGCGGACUAAAUACGAAAAGUCUGAACUACGAUUAAUCGAGUCACUGGAAGGUGUCUGUGAAAAAAUCCUAGAGUAUAACAUACAUAAAGAAAGACAGGAUAGUACGAGAUUUGCGAAAGGUAUGAGUCAAACGUUUAAAACUCUACACGGACUUGUUGACAAAGGUGUUAAAGUUGAUUUAGGUAUUCCAUACGAGUUAUGGGACAAGCCUUCAGCGGAGAUCACUCACAUGAAGACUCAAUGUGAAAGUCUACUUGAAGAGAAUGAAAGUGAAAUUGAAGAUUGGUACUGGAACUUACAGGGCCAAAUUGAUUUAAAGCACCACCUCUGUACAAACCAUGCUUUGAAAAAUACAGAUAAUUCCUGCCUAUACGAAGAUUUAAAAGGCGAAACGGGCAAAAAGGAUGAGCUCUAAAUCAUAAAAUGUACAUUAAUAAACUAAAAGGAAAAACCAAUAUUUUAGCUCAAUAGAUUAAAGAUAUAUGCUUCAAAAUUGAGUUGCAAAAUUCCACCCUAACAAAAAUACAUCUCAACAUACUUACAUGACAUUGCAACUUAAAUAAAAGCUUAUAAAAUGGUCUGCAAUUAUCAAAUUGCUUAAAUCAAGUACUGAAAUGACUGCUUAUAAUUUAAUUUUUCUUAUUAUAAAAAAUAAUAGUUAGUAACUAAAUCAUUUGAUAUUUUGUAAGUACAAUAAAGGGGGCAUUCAAGUAUUACGUAAUGAAAUUUGGGGGGAGGAGACCAAAGACCAAGACCCCUCUGGUCUUGUAAAACGAACGAUGCGUUACAGGGGCGGGAGGUGGGUUGAAACAACCUGCUACGUAACAUUACAUAACAUUGUUUUUUAUUUAAAAAAAAAACCUAGGGUAUUAAAAUCUCCCAAGUUGGUAACCCGUUUUGCUUAUACCCCUUUUUUGUAUAUAAAUAUAUAUUCUUUCCGGUAGUUUGCGCAACAUAAUGGUGACAUCUGUGUAAAAAUGGUCAGUUGGGUGUUUCGUAACGUUUAUGGGGUUCAGGAAAACAUUACGCCGCGUUAUAUGAGGGGAGGGGAGGAGGUCAAAAAUCUCCUAAAUUUGCGUUACGUAAUACUUACUUAGUCCCCAAACUUAUUUUAAAUUUACCUUUUUUUAGUUUUUAUAAAAAACUACCGGUUAAUUAAAAAAAAUGUAUGCACGUAAGAAGAUAUACUUCAUUGGCUAGCUAUCGUCACCUUGUUAACUUCUUUGUUGACUAGCUAUCUUCAGGGUGUCAGUUUUUUGUGACGGUGUGCAUGCGCAUCGAAAAUAUUUACUCUCAUCAUUUUUCUGUCUCACGCCAAAAGAGUAAUAUAACUUCAAUAAAAAGUAUUUUAAUAGUUCUA